UUAAUGCCGGUCGACCACCAACCAUUACAGGACUCAAAGAUGUUACACCAAACAAUUUUGUCUAAAUCUGCAUACUGCAGAAGCGGCUCGAGUGCGUGUCUGAGUUCGAACCCCAUUACCAACAUUCACCAAUUUUUUCAACUGAUACAAUUCAUAAACACUCGUUAUAAGGUAUCGUCAGUUUCUCAGUAUUGUCCCCUCACUCUCCGUCUGACGAAUGAAAACCAGCCACUGAUCAGUGUAUCACCUGAGACCACUCUGUAUGACGCCGCACGGACCCUAAUCAAGUGUCGCUUUCAUCGUCUUCCCAUUAUCGAUACGGAAUUCGGAAAUCCCCUGUACAUCUUGACUCAUAAACGGAUUCUGAACUACUUGUAUUUGAAUGUGAGUUUUACCGAAUAUCACCAAAACAGUGGUCGUCAGUGGUUAAGGGGCGGCAUAUAUUGGAGCAAACCAGCAAUGACUGCUGGACAGACUCGAUGCAAACAGACUGCCUCCAGUGCUCAAAACUAA